GUGGACGCUGGUCUCCCCGCAGAGAGCCAGAGCGAGAGACAGACAGCUGAAAACAUCCGCUGGAGGAGCAGACAGACAGACUGCGGGAAGAGUGUUGCCGGGUGUAACGUCAGGGACUGCUCCAGAACACAGCGCUGAGAAUGGGAGUCGAAAUCGAGACCAUAACACCGGGCGACGGAAGGACUUUCCCCAAAAAAGGACAGACGUGUGUGGUGCAUUAUGUCGGCUCCCUGACAGAUGGACGAAAGUUUGACUCAUCUCGUGACAGGGACAAGCCUUUCAGGUUUAAGAUUGGCAAGCAGGAAGUGAUCCGGGGCUGGGAAGAGGGUGUAGUGCAGAUGAGCGUUGGUCAAAGGGCCAAGCUGACCUGUUCACCUGACUUCGCUUAUGGAAACAAAGGCCACCCAGGCAUCAUUCCUCCUAACGCCACCCUCAUCUUCGACGUUGAGCUGCUGGGGUUGGAAUGAAACAAAUUCACGGCCUGAUUUUUUUUUUGUUCUGUGUGACUUCCUACCUGGGUGACCUGGAGAGAAGCUAGGAGAGUCUGCACUUGAUUCUAUAUGAGGCUUCAGUCUAUAGUUCCACUACUUAUUUCAUCAAACUUUGACAGUUUGUGUUAUUUUGUCUCUGUGACUGAGUGAAUUCUAUUUUUUUCCAUCAUAUUCUUCCUCCUGAAAAUCAUGGGCCAUAACCUUACAAACCUCCAUGUUCUUGAUCUUGAAUUCUUUUGAAUUGCGCUUUACUUUAUCUUUGUGUUUUUUGAAGUGUUGGUUGUGCAUGGUUACGCUGAGAAGUACAAAAUACCAAUGAACUACUAGCAGCGACAUUAAUCUCUUAUGAGCCAAUGCGUACUAGUAUUAUAAUGUUCGAGAGCUGGUGCUUGUUAUAUUAUGGAAACAAAAAAGAGUAUACAAAAGAAAAUGAAAAGCACACAUUUGUAUCCCUUUCUAGCUGAAAAUCAGAAGAAAUGAGAGGAGUUUCUGUUAGAGAGAUAAGGCUUAGGGUUGAGUUUAGCGGCUACCCGUAGUAAAAUGUCAAGACAUGUGAGGCCUUAAUGGUGCAAAAAGGAACUGAGUUUGCUACAUAAAAUGCCCAUUUCUAUAAAGUACCACUGUGUUUUUCUUUUUUCUUUAAAUCAUAAAUGGAGGUGGGGACUAGAGAGGGGUAACUGGUGCAAAGAAGAGCCAGUCACAGUUGUAGAUAGUUCUAAUGUGUGCCUAAAUAUUCUCACCAGACACAUGGUUACUACCUUGCCCUGUCUGCAUGUUCUAGGCCCCGAUGGAAACCCAAGUAUGUAUAUGUUGAAAGCUUUGCAUCCGAUUUUCGUUAUUACUGCCUUCUCAUCUCGCCAAGUCUUUAAACCCCAUUUAAAGCCAUACACAGAUCGAACAGUGCAAAGACAGGAUUUGCGUUGACGCACAUCAAUUGGAUUGUUAUUUUUUUCUUAGAAAAAAAAGGGAAAUGCUUGAAAUUUACAAAGGGGGGUUUGAGUGAUCAAUCAAAUUGUGACCUCCCCCAACCUUAUUUUGUGUAACAACUUCAAUCAUGUAUUUUUCAGAUGCCAACUUUCUAUCUCUGAGAAUCAACAAAGCUAAUGUAUAACCUAUGAUAGAUAAUGUUUUUCUUUUUUUCCUUUUUUUUUUUUUUUGCCAGUGUCAGUAAAGUACCACACUGCCUGGCAGAAGUCGGUGUUAUGGUAGGAAAAGAAGCUGACACACUGGCAUCCUUGUGGUUUUGUAUCUCAAAUAAAGUUUUAAAUGGAGUUUAAUGAAGGAGUAUGCUGGCCUGGCUGUCAGAUAUUGACCGUGGCUGUCGAUGUUACAUAUUGGCCAAGCUGCAACUGGGGCGGCAGCAGUCCACCUCUGUACUGUGUAGUUAUUUGCUGAUACAUUACUGUAUGCAGACUAAACCAAUGAUGACAUAUUUAAAAUAAAAGAAGUGCUCUCCA